GUCAACUCUCUCCCGGCCUCCAUCUCCGUCUCCGACUUUCCUCCUCCGAGCACCUCCAUCAACCUCGACAACAGCUCCGUAUCACAUUCUGCUCUCCCCAUCUCUCUCCAACCAGUAGACGCCCGACACAACUCCAUACUCCACCGCUCACGCACAACUCCUGCAGGCCUCGGCGUCAGUCUUCGCGAGCCUGCAGCCUCCACUUGCUCUGCCCCCAAUCCCCUUCCUUCCCUCCUCAUGGACGAGUGACGGUACACUGUUCAUCUCAUUGUAACUACAUCCCAUCUCAGCCUUACCCCGCCUAUCCCUCCACAUACUCCGCUCUCCACCUAUGCCCCCGCGCGGACAGGGCCGAAAAAGCGGCCGCCCGUCGGCGCCAGCCCCGCGAGCACCCUCAACGCCGCGACAGCAGAAAUAUGUACAGUAUAAUACGAGGCCGGGCGAGGUCGGAACUCGUACCGGCAUCGCCAUGCGCGAGAACGUCCCACGCAACGAGCAAGGGCUCGAGGACCCGGAGGCCUUCUUCCACUCGUCGCCGCCCGCCGCCUCGCGCUCCAACGCUACGCCAGGGGGCAAUGGCUUCCUCACGUCCAGUCCGCCCAUGCCCCCACCUCCGUCUACCGGGAAACGACGGCCGCGCAUGAGCGACAUGAACAACGACUCAGACGAAGGUGCCGACCCGUUAGUGGCUGACGGGCUGCUUGACGACGAGUAUGAGCUGGAGAAGAUUACGCCGCCUCCCAUCACGCAUGAAAGCUCUCCAAAUCCACCCGCCUCCGUCCCGCAGAGGCGACGCAAGGAUCAGGACCAGGACGAGAAUCCCUUCCGGCCUGUUGCUGCAGAGUCCCCGCCGAAAGCCAACGGGAUAGAUUCGUCUUCGGACGAGGACAUGGUCUCCCAAAACGGCGGGUUUGACGCCAACGAUCUCGAGAUGGACGUUGCGGGGCAGCUGCAGGAGACCCACAUCAACGAGGAGGAAAUCGAGGACGAGGACUCGCAGCCAGUGCGCCACCGCCGCAAGUCGGAUGGAACCAAGGGCCCACAUCCUGUAACGUCUUCUGGUGUUCCGGACAGCGUCAAUCCCACGACAGACGCCGAGCCCAUCGAUGGCGAUGAUUACAGCGACACCGGAGAACCCUUUGGGGACACUGAAGACCACAGUGACGCCAGCCAGCUUUUCGACGACAACGAGCCAGAUCCAACAGGUGACAUUGAAGACGCCGAACCUGACCUUGAUUCGAACGACGUGAGCCUCGAGCAACGGGCAAUCGCGGACGAGAGUGGAGAGGUCACAGAAGAAGGCGACAGUGUCGAGUAUCCCGCAGAUAAGGCCGAGCGUGGCAUCAAGCGCACGGCCACAGUGACUCCUCUUAAGAAGGUCAAACGCAAGUCGCAGAUCGCACCCAAUGAAGGUCACCAGUAUGAAGGAGACUUUGUCUGCAGGCGCUCCGGUCGCAAUCACUUCAAGCCCCUCGAAUGGUGGCGCGGUGAACACAAGGAGUACAAGCAAGGGACCUUCGGCCCGGAGAUUGUGUCGAUUGUCCGCGUGCCCGACGAGGUCACUACUAAGCCCCGGGCCACCUCCCGGAAGCCACGCGGACGUGGUCGAGGACGCUCCCAGACUGGUCGACUCCAUUCUGCCUCUGCUGCUCCGCCCGAGGAGCUGCCUGGAAUGAAGUAUCUGAACAUGGACUAUGAGGUCAACUCCAUGACGACUGUAAGGGAUUACAUCACGGGACAGGAAGUCGUAAGGAGUAUGUGUUUCCAGAGGGUGUUGCCAUUGACAAACAGAGACAUUCCUGCCGUACUCUCGCAUCCAGCCGAAGCCCGUUCAGGAUGGGAUGUUCUCAUACCAGAAGGUCUUUGGCGAGGAUGGGUUCAUCGCUGGUGGUGUGGUUGUCAUUCCACCCGGCGGGCAGAAGCCAGCUAAGCCAUCCGGCGAUAACACCUAUUUGUUCUACGUUAGCUCUGGCGCGGUCGAAGUCACCAUCGGCAAUACCUCAGUGCCAAUGGGCCCACUAUCUUUGUUUAUGAUACCUCGAGGUGAAUCUCUUUCAUCUGCUCUGCUGACCCCGAGGUAAUCAUUACAGCCUUAACAACAAGUUUGACGAGACGGCCACCCUCAUUUUCUCGCAGGGU